AUGACUUUUUUUAAUAAAUCAUCAAGGAAUAGUUUGAAUAAAUUAGUCUGUCGGUUGUCAUGGUUGCGGAAUUGUCUUUUAUUAUUCCAGUUAUGCCUUAUUUACAUUGGGAACACGUCAACUGUUCCUAUUGAAGACGUAAAACUAGUCGAUGGGAAUCAAUUGGCGCAUGUAUUAUUCGACUCAAAUGAUUUAUAUCAUAGUCUUAAAGUUAAGUCAGUAAUCGGUUCACCGUAUUUAAAUGUUGAUGCUGUUGGCUUACCAACAAGUGUUCAGUUUCCAAGUGAACCGAUCAGUGGACUAUUUUUAACUCCAACAUCAUUUGAGCAAUAUAAAGAGUCAACUACACUUGGGGAUGGAGAUGAUUUGAUUGAUUGUCCAUGGAAUUUGACAGCAUGUGUUUCAGGACAGUUUACAAUUCGAUUCACUGUUCAACCUGAAGAUAACGAUGAAAUAUACAAAACUAAAACGCACAUUGUCAGUCUGUUAGGCUCAUAUUUCACUAAUAAUGAAGCGACACCAUGGGCACUUCAAGCUUUUAUCUUACCCGGAUCAAUAUUAUCAGUUAACUGGGGUCAUUUAUCUAAUGAGGGAACAAAAUAUAUUCAAGUGCAUGAUAAUUCUAUAGCCUUGAUAACUGACCAAUGGAAUGUGAUUGAGAUUACAGUCAAUUUAAAAAAUCAUGAAAUAUAUACAAAGUUGACUAAUAAUAAUGGACAUGGUAUUCAGCAUAAAUCAGAAGCGAAUAUACCAUCGGCUAUCACCAGCAGCACCACUACUGAUAUAUUUAAAAGCAGAGCUUUACAAAAAUUUAUUGGAUUUAUGUUCGGACAAGCAUCACAGCUACAACUGACAAUUGAACCAGGUGUUACUUAUUCACUGAAAGAUUUUCAUCUUGAAUCACCAGACACCGUGAAACGUCGGACACCUCGACGAUUGAAUAAUCUAUUCGAUGAUAUACCUACUAAUCCAAUUAAGUAUAUUUCAUCAGUUAACUUUCCAGAAGGCAGUUUUGUUCGUUAUGAUUUUCGUAAUCGUCUACAAAGAACAGUUGAAGAGGAAGUGUUGACAAUUAAUUUCACUAUACCAUAUGGUGUAACUUCAGGUUUACUUUGGUUCAGUGAAGGUGAACAAUCAAAAAGUUAUGUGUACAUUAAAAAUUCACUGUUAUACUAUAUUUAUGCAAUUACUGACCAAACUGGGAAAGCUCAACGUACAGUCACAGAGGAGAUAUUUUUAAAUUCAACUCUGAUUCCAGAAAAGCCUCAAGUUCUUCAACUGAUAAGAGAUCGAGAUAAUUUGACGAUUACACUUGAUCAUCGUAGUCAUGCAAGCAAAUCUAUCGCUGGUCGUGCACCACUUGUGUCUACAGAUGGAAAAGUUUAUUUGGGUGGAUCAAGAAAUCCAGUUCGAGAUACAGAGGGAAAAGUGGAUAGAACAUUUGAAGGACGGAUUACAAAGGCUGAGAUCACGAGAAAAGGUGAUAAAGAUGUAAAUUUACUAAAUGCUUUAAUGGAUCCAAAUUGGAAGGAUUCAAUUCAACGAACUGGUAUCACAGAUGUACGAUUUCGUCUACCAACCUCACAACUUGUCAUUGGACCAACAUCAUCGAAUAAAAGAACUGGUCAUGGUGGUGGUUAUUCAUCCCUUGAAUCGGAAUUUUCACGGACUCCAGUACCAAUCACUUUUAUGGGCACAGAAGAUUCAAUUAUACGAUUUGACACAUGGAAUUUUGAAUUAUAUCGAUCAUUUAAAAUUGAAUUUUCAACUUAUGAACCAAAUGGUAUUCUAUUUUUUGUUGGACCUGAUCAAGAACACAGAGAUUUUGUCUGUGUUGAAUUAUUCGAUGGGAAUGUCUACUUUGUUUACGCUGUCGGUGGUCACUAUAAGCAUAUUCAGUUGAAUCCACCAAAUACUGUUGUCAAUGAUGGUGGUAUUUACAGUGUUUACGUAUCACGUAAUGCACAGCAUCGAUUCACAGUGAAAUUUAAUAAUCAGUUGGUUGAUGUUGAAGAGGGAAGUGAAGCUCAUCAAGCUGCAUUCGCAACAUAUACUUAUAUUGGAAGCAUUGAUAAUGUGGGUCGAUUGCCUUGGCAUGUAUGGUCACGUGAAAAUUUCGCCGGUUGUAUUCAUUCUAUUUUAGUUAAUGAAAACAGUUAUUUGGAUGUUUCAUCUCGAAUGAUUCAGCAUACAGAUAUUGGUCGUGGAAUUCGAUUAGGACAGUGUGAAGUACCUAAACAACGUUGUAACGAUAGAAUUUGUGGUGGCGGUCGAUGUUCUAGGCGUUCAUAUCCAUUCUUAGAAGAGUUGAAUUUUGCUUGUGAUUGUAGUGAAUCUGAUAAGACAUUUCCAGAGAAAACAAUGGAUAUUCGUCGAUCUGUUGGAUGCCAUCGAGAUGCUCCAAUUCUUGAAAUGGAUGGUGAUAUGGUCUAUGUGAUCGAUUUUGAGCAACAGAUUAAUAAACUGAUAACGCACACAGAUGAUAUUAGUCUACAGUUUAAAACUGAUGCACCUUUAACAGGACAAUCACGUCAUCUACCAUUGUUUUAUUCAGUUUCACGUGCAGACAAAUCAUAUUUCCGUGUUGAUUUAGUCGAUGGACAAAUACGUGUUCAAACGAAUAUUAAUCAUAAAGGCAAACCUCAUGCAUAUGAAGAAUUCUUUCUCCCAAGUGCAAUGCUCAACAAUAAUCAAUGGCAUACUUUGCAUAUUGCUCGUCGUGCAGACCAUAUAGUUAUAUCUGUUGACAGAGCUUCGGUAACUGGGAAAAUACCACUCCUGGACCCACAUGAUACCUUCCAGCUGAUUGCACAACAGAUCUAUUUAGGCAGUGCUGGACCACCGAAUUUUGGCUAUUAUCUAGAUCCUGCCACAAAGAAAACAAUCCUACCGCCAGGACCACGAUUCGUUGGUGAAUUCAGAAAUUUCUACUGGAACCAAUAUGAUUUAAUUGGUACAAAAGUGUUUCCAACAAAGUAUACAGCUCAGUUGUUAAAUCCACCUUCGAUCAAGCAUACCUUCCCAAUAUGGCCGAGAGAGCAGACUUAUGCAAUCACACUGAAGCCUAAUUUAAUUUAUGCACAUUUGAAUAGACCAAUUGAAAUGAAAAAUGGUGGUGAUACAUGGUUGAUUGAAUUUAAAACAAAUUAUGAUGGAAUAUUGUUCAGGGCUCGUGAUAUUCGGGAGCCUGACCGUAUACAUAUUACAGCGUUAAUUCUUGGAGGUCGUUUGCAUAUCGCUUAUUUAUUUCAUGAUCAACAAGGGGUGUAUCAGUUGGUCGGUGGACCGGGUACAGAUAAUGUAGCUGAUGGAAAAUGGCAUCGUCUUGGAAUAACAUUAAGAAAAUAUAAUAAAGAAAUUCUAGCCUAUCUAGAUGGUUAUUCGAAUGAGUAUCUCGUCGGUAAAAACUUGCGUCUAGACUUAUUUUCUCGAUUUGAUGUUUUCUUUGGUGGUAUACCUGUAAAUGAAUGGUCAACAUUGUUAAAUUUAUUACGUCAGCAUGCUGAUUCAUCGUUAGCAGUUAGCGAGAUUAAAAGUGGUCAACAACCUUCAUUCACUGGAUGCAUUGGAUCAUUUAAUAUCAGGGCUAAUAAUUUCACUGAUAAUUUACUAAAAAUAUACGAUAAUUUUUUGACUGCUUAUCCACCAAGUGAAUUAGUACGUGGUUAUUGUUUAGAUUUACAACGCUGUACACCAAAUUACUGUGAUAAUUAUGGAACAUGUAAACAAGUAUCGGACAAUGAAGUACAGUGUGUAUGUACUGGCACCGGGUUUACUGGUCCAAGAUGUCGUACACCAAUUUGUAAUUCAGGCUAUUGCGCUAAUAGAGGUCAGUGUUAUAUUGGACCUAAUGAUCAACCACAGUGUAAUUGUACAAGAACAGGCUAUUGGGGAGAUCGAUGUCAAAUUCCAAUUUGUCCACCUGAUUACUGUGGUCGAGGAAGGUGUACAGUAGGACCAGAUGAUAAACCGAUAUGUGAUUGUACAGGAACAGGAUUCACUGGACAAAGAUGUCAUGAUACUGUAUGUACUCCAGGUUAUUGUGAACAUGGUGGUGUAUGUACUGUUGAUCUUAUCACUCAGCAGCCUAAAUGCAAUUGUAGAGGUACAGGUUAUGAUGGUCCAAGAUGUCAGAAUCCAAUAUGUCCUAUUAAUUAUUGUGAAAAUCAUGGAGAGUGUAGAGUUGAUUCAAAUGAUCGUCCAGUAUGUGAUUGUUCAAAAACUAAUUAUGCUGGUCCCACAUGUAGUAUAUCUUUAUGCCCACCGAACUACUGUACAGGACAUGGUGUAUGUGUUGUUAGACAAAGGAAUCCCACAUGUGAUUGUUAUCCAGGUUAUAGAGGAUUAAGAUGCGAAAUAGAGAUAUGUCCACCGAAUUAUUGUUUAAAUAAUGGUACUUGUUAUCCUGGACCAGACAAUCGUCCACAUUGUACAUGUCUUGUUAAUUAUGAAGGGGAACAGUGUGAAAGAGCCAAGCGUUGUCCACCAGACUAUUGUCUACGUGGUCGAUGUGAAAUGAUUCAUGGUAUGCCAAGAUGUGAUUGUUUAGGCACAGAUCAUAAAGGUACACACUGUGAAAUACCCGAGGUCUGUCCACCUGGUUAUUGUCAAAAUAAUGGUGUUUGUUCAGUAAGAGGUGGAAAUUAUGUAUGCGAUUGUACAGGAACAGGACAUCGUGGAAAAACAUGCUCGGAGCCUAUUUCAUGUCCACCAAAUUAUUGUUAUAAUGGAGGCAUUUGUUCAGUCCUACCAGGAAAUGUCUACAAAUGCGACUGUUCUAUGACAGCACGAAGUGGACCUCAGUGUGACAGUAGUGCUCAUGGUAUACAUAUAGGUUAUGAAAAUGAUGGUUAUUUAAUUUACAAUUUAAUUCCGUCUGUACGUACCACUGAGGACAAUGUAACGUUUGGUUUUAAAACAUACAUGACUACUGGAACAUUAGUCACUUUCAUGACAACAAAUGGAAAACAUUGGGCUAUUAAAUUACGUGAUGGACGUGUUGCUAUCGAUUUGGGGGGUAAAAUUAUGCACGAGUUUGGAGUACGAUCUAAUGAUGGAAAUUAUCACAUAGUUAAUAUAGAACGUAAGGGAAGAACAAUGGUGAUUAAACAAGAUGGUGAUGUCAUUCGAUUACCAUUAACAGGUUUAACCGAUCCGUAUGAUAACAGCUUCACCUACAACGCUAUUCAUGUAGCUGCGGAUGAAAAGAAGUCUGAUAUCUUCCGUGGAGUAAUCGGAGGUUUACACUGGAACGGACGAUAUCCUAUCAAUGAUUUACAUUCUGGUCGAGUUACAGCAACUGGCACAGUGACAGUUGUUCCAACGCCAAGCUUUCCUAUACUUCCACCAAAACCUCAGCCUGAAUGUUUACCAGGUUACUGUUUAAAUGGUGGCAGAUGUUAUGCACAGAAUUAUCAAAGAAGGUGUGACUGCCUUUAUACUGCAUACAACGGUGCACGGUGUGAAAGACAAUCUCGAGGUUUUAUGCCAUAUAGAGAAGAUAAUGGAGCAUAUGUGAUUUAUCACAUACAUCCGUUGAAUAGAACUAAUCGAGACCAGUUAAGAGUCGCUUUCCAAACCUGGCAACCGAAUGGACCAAUUGUUCGGGUUAUACAAACAGAUGGAUCAUACUAUGAAAUAUACUUGCGUAAUGAAAAACUCUAUGCCAGUAUCAAUGGUGCCGAAUUUCUCCUUAGCAGUCCAUUGCAAAUAUUCCAUGAUGGUCGUAUGCAUUUGAUUACAAUGGAUCGGGAUAAAUCUCAGUUCAAUUUCACAAUUAAUGGUCAUCAGACAUCCUAUAAUGUACCAGGUAUUGUAGCUGUGGACGGUUCAUUGAUCUCUCAAGAGAUCGUCCUUGGAGCUGAUCGGAACUAUCAAAACACAUUCAAAGGAGUUAUUGGAGCUUUCUACUGGAACGGUCAAUAUCUAAUUAACGAAGUUGGCUCACUUGUAUCCAGUGCUAAAGUCAUGUCAGGUCCAGGAAGAAAUGUUGCUAAAAAUAUGGAUGAAAUUGUUGUCGUCCUUAUGCCAGAAUUACUUAAACCCAGUACACCAGUACGAAAACCAGACACUGGACCAUUGCCUGAAACUCUGCCUGAUGGUAUUAUAAGCGGUGGUGUUGUUAUGCCUGGAUUGGGUACAGGGAAUGCUGAUCUUGGAGCACCAAUUUUCGUAUCGGAUGGUAAAGCCUACGGUGCUGGUGCAACUGGUAUCAAUCCUGGCACUGGACUUAUCCUUUCACAAGCUGGUGGAUUAUUCGGUUUAGGCGGUGCUAUGGUCGAUGCAUUAUUGGCUGGACUAUUAUUAGCUUUAUUAUUAUUAAUCUCUGCGCUAAUAUGGGCCUGUUGGAGAUGUAAACCUGGUUGUUGUGGUUGGUGUGCUGGUAAAUCAAGUCGUAUUGGUGGACGUAGUGCAUGGGAUAGAUUAGCUGCUGUAUGCUGUGCUGCACCUGAAAGUGCAAUAAUUGUAAAAGAGAAGAAACAUUUAUUGAGUGAUAAUGGGAACGGUGCUAUAGUUGAUGGAGGAGUGACUGGUGGAAUGACUGCAACAAGUCUACAAUCCUUACAAACUCACUCACGCAUAGUUAAACCACCUUUAUCAGUGACAGGUUAUCCUAUUGGACAUAGUCACAGAUUAGAUCUUGGAGACCAGAUUGAAGCAUCUGGUAUUUCUACAAUACGCAUUGAUCAACCAAUAAUGGAUGACUUAAGCGCUCGUCAAAAUGUCUACAACAUGGAAGGAAUGAAGGUUGACUGUGUUGUAAUUACAAAGAAUAGUAAAUAUGUUGUGACUGGUUCAGGAAUGGGUCCACCACAAGUGUGGGAUACUCAGUCUGGAGAUUUAUGCAAAAUUAUGGAUGGUCAAGAAUUUGGAUGUACCGAUUUACAUUUGGCUUGUGAUGACACUGUGCUCGUCGCCCAAGUUGUUGAUGAUAUUGCCGGCUUGGAUACAUUGAAUGAACCGAGUGAAAUUCGUGUGAAGCGCUUACAACUUUGGGAUUUUGCCUCAGGUCGACAACUUGAAAUGCCGAUGGAGAUUAUGUGUACAGCCACGUGUAUAACACGUUCAAGUGAAUAUGUGAUUGUUGCUCAGGUGACACCAGAAGGACCAUCUAUACUUGUAUGGAAUUUACCUGGCAAUCAGUCAGAUCAUAUUAUACCAUAUCAUCCAGUUAAUUCUUUGCUGAAAGAUGCUGUCACUUAUCUAAACAUUUCUAUGGAUGAUCGUUUAGUUGUUGCUGGACUGAAUAAUCCCACUGAUGAAUUGGCCUACUUUAUGGUAUUCGAUUUGACUGCAAGUUAUGUGGGUGUACAUCAGCCUAAGUUUAUUACAUUCAAUGGUAAAUGUGAAGCCACUGAGAUAAUCGGCAACGAUGAAGCUGUUACUGGCACACGUAGAGGUGAAUUAUUUGUUUGGAAUUUAUUAACUGGCCGUGUUAUGCGUCAAAUUCAAAUCAGUGCAACUCUUGAAGGUGGUAAUCCAACUGUCUUACCUCCACACACUGAAACAAUUCAUUGUGUUAAAUUGUCAACUGAUGGACAUUAUUUAGUAACUGGUUCACAAGAUCAGUUGGCUAGAAUAUGGACAAUGCCUGAUGAACGUCUACUUCACACUCUGGAAGGACAUGCUGAUGAUGUACUUAGUGUGGCAGUGUCAAUUGACUCUGAAGUAGUUGUAACAGGUAGUUGGGAUGGUUCUAUUCGUGUAUGGCGUGUAAGAGACGGUAAUCAAAUGUGUUGGUUCACAUCAAAUAUUGAAAUAUUACAAGUUAAAAUUAGCAAUGAUAAACGUGCUUUAGUUGCUCUUGGCGAAAGAAGUGGACAUCGUAAAUUAAUUAUGUUACAAGUAUUACGAAAUCGGACAAGAACUACAACCAAUCUAAGAACAGCUGGUUCACGUAUCACUUCGUCUUUAUCUCCGCCAACACCAGGCUAUUCCCCAUCAUCUCCAGUUGUUAUGGCAUAG